UUGCUUUCGACACCUGCCGCACUACCACACACACCAACACCGCUCUCCCCGCAACCCCCGCCAUGCACUUCUCAUCGCACCUCGCUGUCCUCGCCGCUUUGGCCUCGAGCGUUUUCGCUGCCGCCCUUCCCACCGAGCUGUCUCCUCGCUCCAACACCAACACCGAGGACGUGAUCGACGACGCCGACCCUCGCCUCAUCUACACCGGCGACUGGACCCACCUCAAGAACCAGGGCAACUCUGUCGCCAACGCCGGCACCCUCUCUUUCAGCAAGACGUCCCAGGCCUCCGUGUCCAUCCCGUAUGGUACCAACCACACGGGCUUCUACAUGUUCAUGGGCACGAAGGCGGACCGCGGUCAAUUCUCCAUCUUCCUCGACGACCUGUGGUACAGCGCGUCGGCCGAGGGGUCCUGCACGUCCAACUGCGACGCCGCGGGCAACGGGAUGAUGAUCAACUUCCCCCGACUUCUUGCUAAGAGCGACCAAUCGCGUCUCAUAAUCCAGAAUGACUCGCCGGGAUACCUCGCGUUCGACUCGAUCUCGCUGCACAAGAAGCUGUAGCGUUCUCCUUUUCGUUAGCGAUCCGUACAGACACUUCACGUGCAAAGUCGACCUUCCCAAGUUGCCUCUCUUCCUCGACG